AUGGGCGGGGAUUGGGGGUAUGGCACCGUAUUCAACAUCUUCAUAUGGGGUUAUCUUGUAGGAGGACUGACGCUCUUGCCCAUUCUUCUUACAAUUGCAUGGUUCUGGUGUACUACGCCCGUUGAACACGACAACCUCGAUUCAGCUUCCACCCAACAUGGCCAAGCUUCACAACCCCGCAGGACAUCGAAUGGGUCCGUGAAUAGCAAGGGAGGGGACGACACAGACCCAGCGGCAGCGAUAGACGAUGAGAUACUGGAGAAGCUAAAAGGAAGAACACAUGAGCCGGAUGUCUGCGCUGGCUACUUUGCUGUGUGCCGGGAGUAUGUGCCGGGCGGCGUUAACGGCAAGCCUCCGGAUCGAACCACACCUGCAGGUACCGUCGUGGCGGUAGAGAGUCCCAGCGUCUACCAGUCCAUGUACAGGAGUAUCUUCGAUCGCAAUAAGACUACAAGUCCAACAAUAGAUGCGGCAAAUAACAAGAACAAGAAGGCGCGGAACGUCUUCUACGUCGUCUUGCGCCUUGGGCACCUCAUGCUCUACGACAACGAAGAUCAAAUCGAAGUCCGUCACGUCAUCUCGCUAGCUCACUACCAAGUGGAUAUAUACGGAGGUGGAGAGCCCAUACCUGAGGGCGAACUCUGGAUCAAGAGAAAUUGCAUUCGAUUGGUCCAACAACUGCACGAUGACAGCACUGCAACUCCAAAGCAAUUCUUUCUCUUCUCUGAUAACUGCUCUGAGAAGGAAGACUUCUAUCACGCGAUGCUCCAUGCCCAGGAAAACCAGAAGGACUCUUCCGACGCAGAUUCGCCGUCCGUUCCGCUAAAGUUUGAAAUGCCUGAUCUUGUAAAGCUGGUACAACAGCUGCAUGCAUCAGAGGAGAACCUUCACACCCGCUGGAUCAAUGCCCUCAUUGGCAGAGUGUUCCUAGCAAUGUACAAAACAGCGCAGAUUAAAGAGUUCAUUGCAGCAAAAAUCAACAAGAAGAUAUCCCGCGUUCCCAAACCUGCUAUCAUCAGCAGUGUACAGCUGCGCAAAGUCGACAUGGGCACUCUACCGCCUUUCAUCACUAACCCGAAGCUCAAAGAGCUGACUGUUGAUGGCGAUCUCGUUGUAGAAGCUGAUGUUAGUUACAAGGGCAACUUUUCUAUCGAGGUAUCAGCGACUGUGCGCAUAGAUCUGGGCACGCGCUUCAAGGCCCGCGAGGUGACACUCAUACUGGCUACGGUAUUGAAGAGGCUUGACGGCCACAUUCUCAUCAGGAUCAAGCCACCGCCAAGUAACCGGCUUUGGAUGACUUUUGAGACUCCGCCCAAGAUGGAGUUCUCUCUUGAGCCAAUUGUCAGUUCACGGCAGAUUACCUAUGGUGUUGUCUUGAGGGCAAUUGAAAGCCGGAUACGGGAAGUUGUCAAUGAAACUUUGGUGCUUCCCAACUGGGAUGAUAUGCCCUUCACAGACACAAUAGCACAAGUCAUCAGAGGCGGCAUCUGGGAAGAUACUUGUAAAACCAAGAUUGAAGAUGUGGACAAGGCCAGCCAAAAAGACGCUACGCUUGACGCUGCCAUUUCUGACAUGCAAAGACUUGACGAGAAGGGUGACUCUGCCAGCGCAAACUUCUCCAUUUCUUCCAGUGCUGAAUCAGAAGAAGUCGCGACUGGUAUUUCUACAUCUGCAGAUCACACGUCUUCUUCCUCGUCGAUAAGACCACGUACAAUGCGGUCGACCUCUUCGGUGGCACAGGUAAAGAUCGAUUCAGCGAAUGCUUCAGCAGAGAUAGCGCACGAACACGGGUCGACGCCGACCAGUGCUCGGUCCCUUCCUGCCACAACCCCCUUGCGUUCACCCAUGCGACCGAGCAACACACGUCGAGCAACCCAAUCUUCAGUCAGCUCCUCGGAAGAUACGUCAGCACCGUCAAUAUAUGCAGAAAGUACAGCGUCUGCGCCAGUCUCAAAUGCUGAUUACGCCCACACCAGAGCCAAGUCCAGAGACCUGUCUGAGCAAGAAAUUGCUGCUGCGGCAGCUGCAGCUGCAGGAGCAAGUAACAUGCAGACUAGGAAACAGACUCUCAACCAGUCUCUCAACUCAGCUACUGCAGCAGCAAGAAGUUGGCUGGCGGCGAAACAAAACAACAAAGCCGCUGCUAACAACAGACCGCCAACGUCCGAAGGUCCAAAUCUUUCUGCAGAGGCGCUACAAGAACCCCGGUUACAGGUUCCAACUUCGCCCUCGAUUUCCAAAUCACACACCGAACCUAUGGGCAGAGGUCAGCCGCUUCCACCGCCCGGAACCCCACUCCCCUUACCCAAGAACGACAAGAGGCAGACUUGGGCCAUUCCGGCAGCAGCAACCUCUACAUUUGCAAACCUCACCAAACGGAAACCUGUUGCGGCCUCUCCUCCGCUAUCAAGUAAGAAAUCAGUGGAGGAUCUAGACAGCCCUCGGGGUUCAUUUACACCGACAACACUGCUACCUGCAGCUCACUUUCCCGGUCAAGACGCGCGUCCAGCUGCAGAAGACGGCGAGGAAAUGUUUCGUGAGAUGAGGCGUAGGAAAAGUUCAGCAGCCAGUCAGCUAGCCACAGUACCACCGCCUUUGCCAAAGAGAAGAGGAAGACAGCCUAGUAUGAAUCAGAAUUCACACAAUUGGCGGUUAAGCCCGAAAGAUGAUGUACAGGGCGAGCCACUGUUUGUUGUCAAAGCUCCGGUUGUGGAAGGGAGUUCAGAGCCUAGCCCUGUAAGGGAGGAUAUGGGAGGUGAGAAGAUGUUUGGGGGUGUGGCUCACAAGGCUGAGAAGGUGUAAUGUAGUGGUAACAGCAACGGUGAUAGCGCUUGUGUCAAUGAUAUAUCAGAAUAACGGCGCUAUUGGAUAGCUAGAAUCGGCUUUCUUUCUUUUUUUUUGUUCUUGUUUGUGUGGGUUCUCUGCUUGUUUGUAAGUUACCACCAAGCGUAUCGCUGGUCAUCAGUAAUCCAAAUAUCCCAGUGUCGCUAGUUACAUCUUCAUCUUGAACAUUGUAUUAACUUUUUCAACACCAACCCAUUGCUGACUCGCC